UAACGAACGAGAAAAGAGUUUCCGACUGAGCUGCGUGCAGCCAGAGUGGAAUGAAGAGAAUGAUAGGUUUGGGGUUUGAGGGUUCAGCCAACAAGAUUGGUGUUGGGGUUGUGAGCUUAGAUGGCACAAUUCUUUCAAACCCAAGGCACACAUACAUCACUCCUCCUGGUCAAGGCUUUCUUCCUAGAGAAACAGCACAACACCAUCUUCAACACAUUCUUGGUCUUGUCAAAUCUGCUUUGGAAACAGCACAAGUCACUCCAAAGGACAUUGAUUGCCUCUGUUAUACCAAGGGUCCUGGCAUGGGAGCUCCAUUGCAAGUGGCUGCUGUUGUUGUUCGUGUUCUUUCACAGCUUUGGAAGAAGCCCAUUGUUGCUGUCAAUCAUUGUGUGGCACAUAUUGAGAUGGGCAGGGUUGUAACUGGUGCUGAUGAUCCUGUUGUCUUGUAUGUCAGUGGUGGCAACACUCAGGUCAUUGCUUACAGUGAGGGGCGUUACCGAAUCUUUGGAGAGACCAUUGAUAUUGCUGUUGGGAAUUGCUUGGAUCGUUUUGCAAGGGUUUUAACACUUUCCAAUGAUCCAAGUCCUGGAUACAACAUUGAGCAGCUUGCGAAGAAAGGAGAGAUAUUUAUAGACCUUCCUUAUGUUGUAAAAGGGAUGGAUGUAUCUUUCAGUGGAAUAUUGAGCUAUAUUGAAGCAACUGCUGUUGAAAAGCUAAAGAAUAAUGAGUGCACACCUGCAGAUUUGUGCUACUCUUUGCAGGAGACAGUGUUUGCCAUGCUUGUGGAAAUAACUGAGCGGGCUAUGGCUCAUUGUGACACGAAGGAUGUUCUUAUAGUUGGUGGUGUAGGCUGCAAUGAGCGCUUGCAAGAGAUGAUGAGAACAAUGUGCUCUGAACGUGGUGGAAGGUUGUUUGCCACCGAUGAUAGGUAUUGCAUUGAUAAUGGUGCAAUGAUAGCUUAUACUGGUCUCCUUGAAUUUGCUCACGGUGCAUCAACUGCACUGGUGGAUUCUACAUUCACCCAGCGGUUCCGGACAGAUGAAGUGAAAGCAAUCUGGAGAGAAGCAAAUUUGGCAAAGUCAAAUGGUCUUGCACAGAAAAGCAUUUGAUUUGUCAACCAGUGGUAUUGGCUUUGUACCAAGGUCCUAUGGAAAGCUUUUCCUAUGCAUCCUUGCAUGAGUUACCUUGCAGCUAGCAGCUCUCUUCUCUUCUUCCCCUUAGGUCAUACAAACUUGACUAGAAUUUAUCCAUUUGAUAUAUGGGCACUAAGUUAGUCACAGUCUUUUCAGACUUUGGUUAUGUAUUGAGCCUGCAAUUCAAGUUUGUCUCUGCAUUACUCUAUUGAUGGCAGGAACUGUGAUAUUAUUGAACAUAGCAUGAUGCUCGAUUCAAUUUUCAGCAUGUCAGGUAAUGAGGUUGGUCUUUGGAGAGUUUAAUCUUUUACCAUGAGUUAGCUUGGUUUGAUGGAUAAAAAAUUUAGAGAUGAUAUUUCAUGUAAUAUUUUAUUUUAUAUAUAUA